UGGCGACAGGGGUAGGUCCAGUAGGAAGUGUGUCUGAAAAGUGUGGGUCUGAUGUCCCGUCUGAAGAUUCCUCAGAGAGUGAAGGCGAUGGGGAACCCUCAAAAUCAUUCCAUAGACGGAUAUCUACCUCUAAAGCUAUCAAAAAUGGCGUUUGCAUUAAAGAGGGUUUCCUGGCGAAGCAAACGAGCUCUUUUCAACGAUGGAAAAGAAGAUACUUUAAAUUAAAUCCAAGAAAAUUAUACUAUGCAAAAGAUUCUAAGUCGGUCAUUUUUGAGGAGGUCGACUUGACAGACUUGAGCAUAGCUGAAUGUAGUACAAAAAAUGUAAACCACAGUUUUCAGGAUUGGGUCUCUGGAUUUGAUCUCCCGAGGGAAUGUUGUACUGGAAAAAGAGGAUAUGUGUUGAUAACUCCGUUUCGUCGACUUAUCCUGUGUGCCGACUCACGGAAAGAGAUGGAAGCAUGGAUAUCGGCCCUGAAAAGCGUCGGGAACAAGAACUUUUACGAGGGAGCUGAAAAUCCUGAUUUUAUGUCUGGACAACAUCAUUGGUUUGUUACUUCCCAUGGUAGACCAACCUACUGUAACUUCUGUAGAGAGGCUCUCUCUGGAGUGACAUCUCGUGGGUUAUCUUGUGAAGUUUGCAAGUUUAAAGUACACAAGAAGUGUGCCAUCAAAGCCCUUAAUAAUUGCAAAUGGACAACUUUAUCUACAAUGGGAAAAGAUAUAAUUGAGGAUGAAGAUAUGAACUUAGCAAUGCCUCAUCAGUGGCUGGAAGGGAAUCUUCCUGUUAGUGCCAAAUGUAGUGUCUGCGAUAAAACAUGUGGAAGUGUGCUAAGAUUGCAAGACUGGAGAUGCCUUUGGUGUCGAGCCAUGGUCCACUCAGCCUGCAAAGCUUCAUUUCCUAAACGUUGUCCACUAGGAAUCUGUCAUGUUUCUGUUGUUCCUCCUAUUGCCUUGCACAGUAUUGGUACUGAUGAUGCUUGGGAAGCUACAAGGCCAGUUGGAUGUAGUCCACUUUUAGUAUUUGUUAAUUCUAAAUCAGGUGACAACCAGGGAGUAAAGUUCUUGCGACGUUUCAAACAGCUCCUAAACCCUGCUCAAGUGUUUGAUCUAAUGAAUACAGGACCAGGACUUGGGCUCCGAAUGUUCCAAGCAUUUCAUCCCUUUAGAGUGUUGGUGUGUGCUGGUGAUGGAAGUGUGAGCUGGGUGUUAACAGAAAUAGAUAAGCUAAAUCUACAUAAUCAGUGCCAACUUGGUGUUUUACCUUUGGGAACAGGAAAUGAUCUGGCACGUGUUUUAGGUUGGGGUUCAGUGUGUGAUGAUGACACCCAGCUCCCCCAACAGUUAGAAAAAUAUGAACUAGCAACAACUAGACUUUUAGACAGGUGGAGCAUUAUGACAUAUGAAAGAACAGUUCUUGAACCAGAAACGAAGAAAGUUUCAUCUACAGAGUUUGAUCCUAUGUCAGUGGAAGACUCUGUUGUCACCCAUCUUACCCAGAUCUUACAUUCUGACCAACAUUCCGUUGUGAUUUCUUCAGCAAAGGUAUUAUGUGAAACUGUGAAAGAUUUUAUUGCUAAAGUGGGAAUUGCUUACGCACAGGAAGGGUCACAUGUUGAUGAUUCCAUUACUCAAAAGUGUGCUGUUUUGAAUGAAAAGUUAGAUUCCUUACUAAAGACUCUUGAUGAAGAGUCAAUAGCUUCUUCUUCACCCCCUUCAUCUCCAAAGGAAGUAAUGAGUGAUGUAACUGUUUCACGUGAGGAAGAAGUUGAAAAAGGAGAGAGAGAGGUAACAGAGAAAGGAGAAAAAAGUGCUCAUACCAAAAAGAAAAAGACUGUGUUUAUUCAACGAGAAGCUUUGAUGUCUAGAGCCAAUAGCUUAAAGAAAGCUGUCAGACAGAUAAUUGAACACACAGAAAAAGCUGUUGAUGAGCAGAAUGCCCAGACUGAAGAGCGAAAGUCCCCUGUUAUUGAAGGAAGCACAAGUGAUAUACAUGCAGACUCAAAUGUAGAAGAAACAGUGGAACCUCAGGGGAAAUGGGACAUUCCUGUGUUCACCACUACAUUCCACUCAGAUGAUACAUCUUCAUCACAAUUGUCUUCAUCCCCAUGCUGGAAUCCAUGGGGCUCAUCCAUGGGGCAAAGUGUUGGGGCAGCUUUGAAAAAUACCUUACAGGUUACCUUACCAACCAUUGAGGGAGGUAUCAGUGCUGACAGCUCACCCUGUCCUUCACCUCGCUCCUUUGAUCUCCUUACUCCUUCUCCUUUACAAUCUCUCUGCCCUUCCCCUACUUCACAGCAGGCUCACUCACCUUCUCCUUCUACAGGAGAACUCUCAAUCCCCCUGAGAGGAAUAAGUCCUCUUUCCAUUUCUCCUCUACCCACUGACACAGAAUGUGAAGAAAAAGAUGAUGAUUUUAUGACUCCAGAGAUCCGGAUAGAAGCAGAAAGAGCUUCAUCUCCUACAGCAUCUCGAAGAAUCAGCAGUGGUUCAACUUUUAAACAUAUUGGUAAUAUUGGCAUGCAUUGGGGGGUUGGUGUUGGACUUCCUCUACUUCCCUCAGUUGUUCGAGAGAAGAGUCGCUCCCCAGAAACAGUUCCAGUAGAAAAUAGAGAAUUUCCUAUUAUAAACCCUUUGACUUCACUUCCCAUGUGGCCUAAUCUGAAUAAAGACAGCUUAAUAGGAAAGGUUCUUCUUGCCAAUGCAGAUGCUCUGUGUGCUGCAGCAUCACCAUUAAUGGACAUUGAAGAAAUGUCACUGGAAGGAUAUGAAGAGAAAUGUGUCAUGAACAAUUAUUUUGGAAUUGGUUUGGAUGCUAAGAUUACACUGGAAUUUCACAAUAAGAGAGAAGAACAUCCAGAAAAAUGCAGAUCUCGUACAAAAAAUUUGAUGUGGUAUGGUGUUCUUGGAGGUAAAGAACUAUGGCAGCGCAGUUUUAGAAAUCUAGAACAGAAAGUACAACUAGAAUGUGAUGGUCGACGAAUACCAUUGCCAUCAUUGCAGGGCAUUGUGGUAUUAAACAUUCCAAGUUACGGAGGAGGAUCAAAUUUCUGGGGAGGAACAAAAGAAGAUGAUGUGUUUUAUGCUCCAGCUUUUGAUGAUAAAAUUUUGGAAGUUGUUGCAGUUUUUGGAACUGUACAGAUGGCUGCUUCAAGAGUGAUGAACCUACAGCACCACAGGAUUGCACAGUGUCGUUCAGUGAGAAUUUCCAUCAUUGGAGAUGAAGGUGUACCAGUGCAAGUGGAUGGGGAAGCAUGGAUCCAGCCUCCUGGUUACAUCUGUAUUGUUCAUAAAAAUAGAACUCAAGUAUUGUGCCGUAACAGGCAUUCUGAGUCAAUACAAAAGAUAUGGCAAGAAAAACAAAGAUCUGCAGGAUCAUUAAGAACACUCCAUUUAGCUCCCAUAUCCGAAGAUGAAGCUCAGUGUUUAACAAGUUUUGUGGAAACUGCAGCAUCUUUUGUGAGAAGUGUAAAAGUGGCCUCCAUAUCACAUUCUUUAGUGGAACAAGAUCUUUUCCCUUAUGCCUCCCAUGUAGCUUGUUGUAUGGACAGGAUAUUUCCAGGAGGAAGAAUGGUAGAAGGACCCAAUCUCAGACAACAAGUCAGUGACUUGGUACAAAGUGUUCGUAAGUUGUAUCAGGAGACUUCCAAAUUUCUCCAAGAAAAGUCAGAUGAAGCUAAUGUUAGAACAGAUCUUGAGGAAAGAUUAAGUUCCACACUAGCUGCUAUGAGGUCAGAACUUAAAAAAUGCACAGAAAUCCAAGGUGUAGUUCACUUUUUUGGUAACAAGGAAGAACUUGUGCUUUUUGUUUUUUGUGAAGAAAUCACAGGUAGCAGUCUAAAGCUGAACAAAUAUUUGCCUCCAGCAGUGAUGUCUGUAGUUAACUUGUAAAGCUUUCACUGCUCAUCAGUACAUUUAAUGUAUUAAAUGUUUUAUCUCCGUGUGAAUUAUACAAGGCUUUACAUUUGUUGUGCACAUUCUUGGCACUUUGACUCUUGGAAUAUAUUGAUACGUGAAACAUUUUUGUCAUAUGUUUUCUGUCUGUCUGGCUCCCAUCUCACUCUUCUACAUACAGACAAUCAUUAACUGAUGCAUUUUUGAUAUUGUUACUGGAGUUUUUGA